AUGUCUUUAGUAAAUAACAAUUGUAAUAGGAAUUUAGAUAAAAUUGUUUGUAACAAAGACAAUAAAAUUUUAUCUUUAAAAAAUUGUAGUGAAAAUGAUUCAAUUUCUGAUUACUAUAAAUUUUUAAAACAAAAUCUUAUUAAAGAGAGUACUUUAUUUAAAAUAAAUGGUGAAUAUUUAGAGAAAAAAAUUUUUUUAGAUACUAAAUGUGAAUAUCAAUAUAAAUCAUUCAAUCUUAAGAUGCAGGAGAUAGAUAUAAAUAUGGCAAAAAAACAAUAUGAUUUACUUUUUAAGCUCUUACUUAUUGGUGACUCUGGUGUGGGUAAAACAUGUAUAUUGUAUAGAUUUAGUGAUGAUGCUUUUAACACUCACUUUAUUUCAACUAUCGGAAUUGAUUUUAAAAUUAAAACAAUUGAAUUAGGUGGAAAAAAAGUUAAACUCCAAAUAUGGGAUACUGCUGGUCAGGAACGUUUUCAUACUAUUACUACUUCUUAUUAUAGAGGAGCUAUGGGAAUAAUGUUGGUGUAUGAUAUUACUAAUGCCAGAUCGUUUGACAAUAUUCAAAAAUGGUUAAGGAAUAUUCAAGAACAUGCAUCUGAGGAUGUUGUUGUAAUGUUGUUAGGAACAAAAUGUGAUAUGGCUGAUCGAAGGGUUAUCAGUCGUGAGAAAGGUCAACAAUUAGCUGUUGAACAUAAUAUAAGAUUUAUGGAAACUUCUGCCAAGGCUAAUAUUAAUAUUGAUGAGGCUUUUUAUGACUUGGCUGGAGCUAUCUUAUCUAAGCAACCAUCACGAGCAGAAAGUGACCAACUUAGACUCCGUCCAACAGAUCAAGAAAAUUCCUCCAAGUCCGGUUGUUGUAUAAGGAUGUAA